AUGGCACAUAGUUUUUUGCAUUCACAAAACAGAUCUUCAAAUAAAAAAUACAAAUUUUACAAAUUUCAAUAUGAAACUUCGUCAAAUAUCACAUCAUUUAAUGGGUAUUUAAAUCCGUCGUGGAAUUAUUCCAUUAUAUCUUUAAGAAGAUUAAUGGACCAUGGAGUAGAUGUAACUAGAUUAAAAUUUAAACCAAUAACAAGCUAUACUAUUACAAGAGAUAAUAAAUUGGAGAAUAUUGUUGGUAUUUGUGAAUUAUCGAUUUCAUUUGAGACCAAUGGUGGUCGAGGGAGAAAUGAUGGAGGAUCUAUUUAUUCGUUUAAUCAUGAAAAAGUUGAAAAGAAUAUAAGAGAAGUUUUGGUAUUGAAAGAUUCUAAUGUGGAAUUUGGAUUAGGAAAUGAUUUUAUUAUGGAUUAUAAUAUUAAUAUUGAACCUAAUAAUAAAGGGGAGUUUACUCAUCAAUUGAGUUUUGGAGAUGGUGUUACUGUGGGUUUAAGAGAGAUUGAAUUUGAUGGAGAACGUGACGAGGAAAUGAGUGAUGAGGAUGUUUCUCAAUCAUUGGUUGAGGAAUUACUUAUUAUACCUUAUAAAUUGCCUGAACCCGGGAUACAAAAUCAACUUGAAAGCUAUGUAAGAAAAUUAAAAACCACAACAUCAUUUCUUGAAUUAUAUGAACUAAAUCAACAUCAAAAUCCGAGAACCUCGUCAAAUGAUAUAUCAACAACACAAAAAGAAGAUGAUAAACGAGGACAAGAGUUAUACACGUACCUAGUAGAAUUUACGAAAAGCAUAGAUAAUACAUCAAGAACAUUACUGGAUAUGUAUUAUCAAGAAUCAUCAUACUUUUGGAUAUUUCAGCAAAAUAUUAAAAGAUUGUUAAAUUACUUUCCCUUUAAAAAGGGUUCAACUUUUCUUUGGAAUGUACUUAUUACAGGAAGUGAUUAUUUUCCAUUAACAAACAAUUUUGACGAUUUAAUUAAUGAUAUUGAUGACGUUAUUAUUAAUAAUAUUGAUUUAGUAAUGAGAGAAGUGGACAAAGCACAAGAUUACCAUGAUGAGAUUAUUCUUCAAGUAGUAAAAAUGAAAAUCGAAUUAGAAAAAUUUAUUAAAGAUAGUAGUAAACCAUUUUCUUCUUGGUUAAAUGCUUUAAUAAGAUUUGGUAGAAUAAAAGGUGGAAAAAUUGAUAAUUUAGGCGAAGUAGAUUAUAAUACGGCUUUAAAGGUUGAAAAAUUAUUAAUAGCUUUAUUUACCGAUUUAAUUGAAAUCUCGACUUAUUUCACAGAUUUAAAAGUUUAUUUGGAUAAUCAUUUAAAUGAUUUAUUGUUAUUUUCAGAACAUUUUAGAAUAACUAAAAUUACAAAGAAAAUAACUAGAUCUGAAAUUAAUGUAAUUAAAAAACAUUUAGAUAAAUUACAAAAUAAUCAUAAAGCUAUAUUUGAUACCAUUUUGGUGAUGGAGGAUAAUGAUAAUAAACCUUGGGUUGGAUGUAGAAUUAAAAAGAAACUUAAUCAAAGUAUAUUUGAAUGUAAUAAUUAA